AUGAAGACUAUCAUCAUGCUCGGCCUGAGCGCUUUGGCAUCUGCUCAUAGCAAUAUUGUCACUAUGCUUCUCCCAAACAUCAAUGUUGAGCCCUAUGCUGCAUCUAUUGUUAACGAGGAUACUGCCGCGACCACCUAUGCUGUGUCGUGCGGUUCAGGCUCUAACCACUGUGGAGGCAUGCCUGCAUUCACCGCGGUGCAAGGCUCUGAAACCGCAGCGUACUCUUUCAGCCUGACCGCAUCGGAUGUUCUCGUCUCAUACGGAUGCUCCGUUGCCGGUACCACGACGGCCGUCUGCUCCGAAGCUGUGACUGGAACUGGCGCUGAGAGUCCAGGUGUUUCGUCAUUCACUCUUGGCGCAUCUGAUAUACAGUUCAUGCUAGUCCCUGUGACUGUCGCCGCUGGAUCGAUCACCCAGGGCGCGAGUGGUACUGCUGCCUCCGCCUCUACUGUUUCUACCGCAUCCGUUGCCUCUGCCACCUCUACAGCCCAUGGCGUCUCUACCACCUCUGGAGCCGCAUCGACAGCCACGCACACUUCAUCCGAAUCUUCCACCGGUGCCACAAUGACAUCCCCCCAAUCUUCUGCCUCGACUAAGGCUAGCACCGGUGGCAGCAUGCCUUUGAUGACUGGCAAUGUUCAGGCCGUUGUCGGUGGUGCCAUGCUUGCUCUUGUUGCUGCAGGACUAUAG